GUCAGCUCGAGGACGUGUCAUUGCCUUUAACUAGAAGAAUAGUACUUUUGUUGUCGUUUUUCAUCGAUUUUGUACUUUUGUUCGGUCUUGCAUUGGGGCAUGUUACCUUCAUGUUUGCAAUCUGGAAGGAACGACGAUGAUAUAAGAGGGCCCGUGGCCCAGCCUCACAGCGAAGCCAGUGCAUUGAUCUUUGAUUUUCCUCAUCUACCACUUACAGCCACCGCCCAAAGCUGUCGCAUCUCGUAUCAUUACCAGUGCAGCGUCUUCAUACCUACAAUUAAGCCCCAACAUCAAUGGACGAUACAACACGCUGCAAGCCCAGCGUAAUACAAAAAGGCCUGCGGUCCUACCUGGACCAGCAAAUGACUCUCACGGAACAUCCUUUCCAGGCUACGCAAUGGAACACCAAAAAUUCUCCUCUCCAUCAGGUUGAUCAACAUCAACAGAUCCCUGACUUAGGCCAUCAGUCUACCGUAAAUGACCAAAAUAAACACCACAAUGCCGGCUCAAGUUUUGCCCAACCAAGCUUUCCACACCUUAAAAAGCCCCAAAAUCAACAUUCAAUAGGUCUUGGGGAUCCUGCGCCGUCCAAGGACUGGUAUGUUACGGAACAUCCCCAAAGUCUAGAAGAUCAAGAGAUGCAUGAUCCAGAUGACUUAGGGCAUGUGCGGAGCCUCGCUACAGAAGAUCAGACCGGGCUCCAGAAUUUUACAACUACAAAUGUCCAUGUUGCAUCAAGAGUCCGCAAAAGAAAGGUGCCAACAUUGAAGGCUACUGAUUGGGAUCCCGUGAAGUCUUAUGUCAUCAAGACUCACAUAGAGGAGGGGCAACCACUAGAAAAGGUUAUAGAGCAAGUUCGGAAAACUUUCGGUUUCAUUGCCAACAAACGACAAUACCGUACACGAAUCAGUCAAUGGAAAAAGGAUAAGAAUAUCAAGAAGACAGAAAUGCAAGCAAUUGUCCGCAAGCAGCAGCGCAGAAACGUCCAAGAGCCGGACAAACCCCCUUUAUGGUUCACUGUGAGGGAUAGCUCUGUUAAUCCAGAGAAGAUACAUCGAUGGAUGCGCCGCAAUAAUGUUUCUAUGAACGACCUAUACUCACCAGCAUCCGCGGCAACAACUCCUUCAGCACUAGAGUGUAAGACAAUCUCUGAACUUGGAUCCCCUGCUCCUAGCUCCUUCGAUAGCCAUAGACCUACUGAUUGGGCUGCCAAAUUUGCAUGCAAAGAUCCAUCCAGUGCCGACAUUAUGAUUGUCCGGUGGCAGACUGUGGAAUCCAUUGAGCCAGAACCUCUCCAGCAUCAAGAACAUGAAGGGGUAACGUUCGCCUCUACGUCUUACCAUGCCUUUGAGGCCACUGGUAGAUUACGUGAGAAGCUAGCGGAUAUGAGCUCAAGCGUGGUACAUUUAACUGGCAAUCACCUGAGCAAAAACCUAGAGGACAAAUCAGACUCAGGCACCUCCACAGAAAGAGGAUUCCGAGAUGAAAACGACGUCAUUGAAUUCCAAUCUGGCUCUGCUCUGAUCGAUUAUGAUUCUUUGGGAGGAUUCCAAGAUGACAACGACGUCAUUGAAUUCCAAUUUGGCCCUGUUCUAAUCGAUCACGAUUCUUUGGGCUCCACAGAGGAUAUUACGAAUCGUUUGCCCGGAAAGGUCAAACAACGAGGCCGGCAUGAUCCUACCGAUAGCAGCAAAUACAGAUAUGACAGUAGUUUGCUCGACGACAUUCAACUCCUUGCGCAGAGCUAUAUUUCACAUGGAUUUCGCGUCGAAAUCAGGGAAGCGGAGGACUUUCAAAUACCAGCACUGUAUCAUAGACAGAGAUAUGUGCGCCGUGUAAGUCUUAGUACUAUGCUAGAUGCAUGGGCACAGGCACAGGAUCACGGCAUCUGUUAUCGUGGGUACUAUUCGAGCAGGUUUGAUACUUUUGACAUCAGAGCCAAUCUCGAGGCCGUGUUCGGACCCGAUUGCGUUGCGACUCUGUGGGCCAGGAAAAGGCAUUUAUCAUCGCCUUUGUGUCACGCUUGCGACCUGGCGCUCCGCAUGGACGGCUUGCCCAGUUUUACCGCAGAUUUAGAUGAAGAACUUCACAGUUUCUUGCAGGGUUCUCCCCGGAUAGAUCCUGAUAUAUGGUGGUACUUCAAUUCCUCGACUUUUUUCGACUGGCUAGCCGGGAGAUACGAUUGGAUACUAGGGUACUCUGACAAUCACACUCCCUUCCCAUUCGACAAUGUCUUCGGCCUUGAUCAUCCAGAGGUCCCAAAAUACAAGUUCAUUGUUGAUGAUGCUCAGGAAAAUGGAGCGUGGAGCACGGAAUCAAUUGAAGCGAUCAUACGGUACAACAAAUUUAUCGAGAAGAAAAGAAAGGUUGAUAUUAGUAAACCUUUGGUACUGCUAGCAUGGAAAGAAUGACCUCUGCACAAAUUGAAUCAGGGCGCAGAAAGGUAAGCACAAUGAGGAAGUCAGUAUUCAUUUUGAUAUCGCGGAGGAUUCUCGGUUCACAAUCUAACAUUCGUAACUGCAUUGAAUCAUCACCCAACAGUACCUUGAACGUUGCUAACAAAAUGUGAAUGCUGAUCCCAUUGGGAUGACCAUUACUUGACGCACUUAAGGAUUACACAAACA